GAUCAGUGGUCUGCUGAAGGACAGAAAUGCAUUGCUUGUGAAGCUGGGUAAACAGUCCGCUUUUCUGUGCUUCGGCUUUUGUGGCAGUUGUUUUUAUUGAAAAGGAGCAGCGAUGCGAUAGGAGCCGAGCGCGCUGGAAACACCAGUUAAUCCUCGGUCGAGCCAUUGUAUGCCACCCUUUCCCGUGUUUCUCCGGAUGGAUACUGGACCCGCCUCCCCACCAUCCUCCAUGGUGGCGGGACCUUCCUCGCUGUGGCGGCUGGCUGAGAGGAGGAGCAGAAAGGCUGGCUCGGGGAACAUUUUCAGUGACGUGAACCUGUGGCAGCUCCAGAGACUGUUCAAGGCAGCAGGGGACCAGGAUGCGGAGCAGAGGGCCCAGCUGGUUUGGGGCCAUGGAGAUGAAGCUGAGCUGGCUCAAGCCUUAAUUGGACUGAGGGCCCGAACUCACCGCAGAGGGCUGAGGACUAACGGGAGAGAUGCUCUUGGAUCACACUGGCUACGCGCCUUCAAUCACCUCAGGAUUGGGGAGAGCUCACAAAGAAGCCAGGGAAAGGAUGCAGGAGAGAAGAAUGAUUCUGUGGCAGGAUCACGCUGCAGUCCAGAGCCACGCCGACGCCCCGCUGUAGGGACAACAGGAAGAAAUACUGGGGCCACAGGUGUACAAACGGAGGGCCACAACCCUGCAGGGACGUCUGAGAGACCAGUUAGAGCCGGCUCAGGACUGAGGAGAGGAGGAGAGAGUGAUCCAGAGAGAUACCUCCACCGAAUACUCCACUGAUCGACUGACCUGUAUCUCCGGGCAUCAACCAGCACUUAAACAACCUGUUGGUCUCACCUGAAUACUCUCCUAAUGUGUUCAGGCACUGGAGCGAGGUUGAAUUAACCUCUGGCAAGAGAAACACGGACACAAAAUCAGCAGUGAAACUGUUUUGCAGGUUGAAAGAAUAGUUUCUCAAAAUGCCAUAAAGUCUGACCCUUAAAUAGCACAGAUCAGGCGGCACUGUACUGUCACUUGUUGCAAACCCAUCUCCACCUAAAUAAUGUCAGCAACAUGAACCUCUGACUGGCUCCUGGUAUCGCAAAACUUUAUACUGUGGUUGCCUUAUGUGCUUUCUUAAAUCGACCUGACCACUCACACUAACCAUGCAUACUUUUAAUUGUUUUAAUUUUUUAUUUUAAAAAUGUACCAAUCUUCAUUUAACUUGGUGUUUAUCAGACUAAAAUGGCUGAUAUUAUAAUGUAUGGCCACAGUGUGGAUAUAUACUUGUAAAUAGUUGUAUCCAUGUCCUGUACCACACACAAACCCAGAUAUGUAGAUAUACAUGAGUGAGAUGAUGUACUGUAGCUUGAAAAGAUGUUACCUUCUUGAUUUUGUAUUCAUUUGAAUUGAAGUCACAAAAAGUGUUACACUUUAUAUAACUUUAAACGACUGGCUAUAUGUGUGAUAUGUUACGCAACACUACAUGGGUAAGAGUGCAAUGCUUAUUGUUAUGAGAUGUAAAAACAGAUUUCCAAACAUUCACACUACUGCACAUCUGGCUCAAGCUUUCUGACUGACAACUGUACCAGGCCUCAGUUGCUGGUUUUCAUUUGGUGAAAAUGAAGCAACCGAACGGCCAUCGUCAAAAUGACCCCUCACUGUUCAGGGAAAGAAGAACUUGAAAUAAAAAUUUUACAUGGUAACGGUGUGAAAACCCACUGUGCCUGUGAAAGACUUUAUGUCACCAACCUCAUCAGAUUGCUGGAAACUUCAUGAAGCUUUUUGAUAAUACUGUUUGAUGUGUCAUUUUUAGAUUUAUGGUAAUAAAGAAGUGAGUCUUUG